GGAAGUUUUUUUUAUAUGAAAGGUAUCACUGGCAUAAAGCUUUAUUUCCUGGCCAACAAAAGUGUUGAAUACAUUCAGAUAAUGGAGGGUAGAGAAGGUGUUCGAAGGAGGAAGCCGCCUCAAGUAGAAGAAAAAGAAGAGGUGGAAACAAAAAAAGUGCAUAGAUCUGUAGGAUGGUUUAAAGCAGCUAUGACCAGUACAUUUCUCACAUUUUGUGUAAUACCACUUCUUUUGAUGCUCAUUCCUACACCAAUCAAGCCAGAAUACUACAGGUUACCACACAGACCCGACUGGACAGAUGCAUUGAGACCUAAUAAACAUUUGCAGAAAGCCAAGAAGUUGUUCAACAAUAAGAUAAAAGGGCCUGAAUCUAUAGUUGCAGAUGGUGAGUAUUUAUAUACUGGGACAGCUGAUGGAAAAAUUAUGGAGAUCUAUAGAGGUGAAUUACGAGUACUAACACAGCUUGGACAAGAACCUUGUGGUAGAUUUGAAGAUGAACCUACAUGUGGACGUCCACUGGGUAUGAGGAAAGACAAAGAUGGCUAUCUUAUAGUAGCUGAUGCUUAUCUUGGACUUUUUAAGGUCAAUGUGGCAACAGGAGACAAAACGGUGCUAUGGCCUUCUUCUGAACCAAUCAAUGGCAGGCUGCCAAAGUUUAUGAAUGACCUUGACAUUGGUCCAGAUGGAACAAUUUAUGUAUCGGAUUCUAGUACGAUAUGGGAUCGUAGACACAAUAGAUAUUGUAUUUUGGAAGGUGAAUCUACAGGAAGAUUAUUUUCCUACAACCCAACUACCAACACAACAAAGGAACUAGUGUCUGGUAUACCAUUUGCUAAUGGUGUCACAUUAACGAGGGAUAAAUCUGCUAUUCUGCUCGCAUCUACAACAAAAGCUGCCAUCUACAAGUACUAUUUGGAAGGGCCACGGAAAGGGGUAUUAGAAGAUUUCAACAAUAAUUUACCUGGCUUACCAGAUAACAUUCGUAGAAGUGCUACAGGAGGCUACUGGGUGUCGGUCUGGCAAGUGUCCGUAAACCAGGGUUUCUCUUGAUAGACAUAGGUGCUACUAAUCCAUGGAUAAGAGGAUUGAUAACAAAGAUAUUUUCUCAGGAAGUUAUUAUGAAGAUGGUACCCAGUUACGGUCUUGUUGUUGAACUGAAUGACCUCGGUCACAUAACGCGUUCACUCCACGAUUCCACCGGGAAGGUGAUACCUGCUGUCAGCGAGAUAGAAGAUACUGGGACAGUGUUAUAUCUUGGCUCAUACAGUCUCCAAUUCCUUAGUAAACUUUAUGCCAGUGAUAUUUUAGAUGUUGCAUAAGAAAAACACACAACUAUGCAAUUUUGAUGACGACUGGCGGUCAAUUCAUGUUAUUGUAACCGAAAAAAACAUUUUCGACCACUUAUUUUGAUGCAUAUUCAAUACCUAUCAUUUGAAGAUAAAUUGUGUAACUAUAAUAUUACUUGAUAAACUCUUUUAAUUCCCAAAUGGCAUUUUCUUUCCUGAUAUCUAGAAAAUGCAACAAUAAAUAUGCAAAAGGUAAAAAUCUAUAUUUAUGAUAAUGAAUUGGGUUACAGUAUUUUAAACCUUUGAUUUAUUAGAAAGGGAGCUUUUUCAGCAUUAGUAGAGUUCUCUUUUAUAGACUGGACAUUAUUUAGCUUACUCCACAUAAGAACGGAGAACAUUUGUCUAUUCUUUCUCUUAAGGGAAAAAAAAUAAAUCUCAAAUGAACAACUAACUUGAACAACAUAUGUUCGACAGUCAUUUCAGUGCGGUGUAGUGCCCAAAGAUGAAUUUUAUUACUUAUUUCGUUCUUUUUGUCUUAAAUGUUAUGUUCAAUUAUUACUUAUAAUCUAUUG